AAUAAUAAAAACGAUAACGGGAACGAAAAUAUUAAAUUGAAUAUAUUCAUAUCAAUAUAGGAGUGCACACAAUGUCAUUCAAGUUGUUUCGUCGUGGAUCCGCGCGCUGCAUAGGCAUUUUGUCAGCAUUUGUGACAAUAUUGCUUUGCUUGUACUACAUCUGUAUUGGUCAGCCCAAUUCCACGCAUAUCGCGGAAAGUCAGACUUUGUCAUUGCACUUGGGACGUGGACCAAAUUCACCUGCUGAGGCGCUGAGCAGUUUUAACGGUAGUGCCUCCCCAGUCUUACAAUUUCAACACAGGGAGCCAGAGCCUUACACGGUUGACAGUUGGGGUGACAAGUGCUACGUUCUGCUGCAGAGCAAUACGAACAUUACCGCCUUAGAAGAGCACAGCAAAUUCGAUUUUCAGCCGGAAUGGAUGCGUUCUAAAGAGUACUGGGAUCGAGGCUUUGAGGAGCGAUACGAGGCGCAGAAAAAAGACAAACAAAGGCCACCACUGAAGGUUAUUGUGGUGCCGCAUUCACACAACGACCCUGGUUGGCUGAAGACAUUCUUCAAUUAUUUCCAAUCGGAUUCGCGUCAGAUACUUAACCUGCUGGUGACCAAGAUGCAGGAGUAUAAAGACAUGACGUUCAUCUGGUCAGAGAUAAGCUUCUUACAGCUGUGGUGGGAUCAGGCGCAUCCCACUAAACAGCGUGCGCUCAAGCGGCUCGUAAAUUCCGGACGCAUAGAGAUUACCACCGGCGGAUGGGUGAUGACAGAUGAAGCGAACGUGCACAUUUAUCCAAUGUUGGAUCAACUAAUCGAGGGACAUCAGUGGUUAAAGAACAACCUGAACAUAACGCCCAAAGUGGGUUGGUCCAUUGAUCCUUUUGGUCAUGGUAGCACAGUGCCCUAUCUUUUGUCUGGGUCCAACUUUGAGGGGGCAAUUAUUCAGCGUAUUCACUACGCCUGGAAGCAAUGGUUUGCCCGACAGCAGAGCGGAGAUUUCAUUUGGAUUCCCUACUGGCUCUCGGCAAAGAAUCAAGGACGCCUGCUUACUCAUAACAUGCCCUUUGAUAUUUACUCAAUCAAAGGCUCCUGCGGUCCACAUCCCUCCAUCUGCCUAAAUUUUGACUUUCGCAAAAUACCCGGAGAGUACACGGAGUACUCGCUUAAGGCCCAGUAUAUUACCGAUGAAAACGUGGAAGAAAAAGCACAGCUACUGCUCGAGCAGUAUGCACGCACUGCUUCGCUUUUCCCUCACAAUGUAGCACUCAUUCCAGUGGGUGAUGACUUUCGCUAUAACAAAGAGCGAGAGGUGGAUCAGCAGUAUCACAACUACAAGAAGCUUAUUAGCCACAUAACGGCUAAUAAGCGUCUCUACAAUGUGGACAUAGCUUUUGGCACGCCUAGUGAUUACUUUCAAGCAAUACGCGAGCGCAUGGGCGCUGAUCACGCGUUUCCCAGCUUCAAGGGAGACUUCUUUGUUUAUUCGGACAUUUUUUCGGAGGGUAGACCCGCCUACUGGUCGGGCUACUUUACUACGCGUCCCUUCUACAAACUGCUCAGCUCCGAGCUGGAACAUAAUCUGCGAGCAGCCGAAAUACUUUUUACCAUUGCGUACAAUACGGCCCGGCAGUCGAGGCAUGAGGACGCCAUUAAAAUAUAUGAGAAAAACUAUGAGCUCAUCAUACACGCGAGGCGCAACUUGGGUCUGUUUCAACACCAUGAUGCUAUCACUGGCACUUCCAAGGCAGCCGUAAUGCGCGACUACGCCAUGCGUCUGUUUGAAAGUACCCAGAAUAUGGUAAAGAUGCAGGAGGCUAGCAUGGAGUUGCUGCUCCAGAGCCACAAAUCCCAUGAGCAUGGGUUUCUGCUAAGCGAGUUUGAGCGUGAUAGCUUCAAUAAACUGCCACGAAAAAUGCCUCUACAACUAAUUAGGAAUCCCACCAGUGACGAAGCCCCGACCUCAAACCCUACAUCAGCUGGUAAAGAUGGUGAGGCGAGUUUUGUGUUAUAUAACGCGCUCGCUCAGAAACGCAUCGAAAUAGUAACUCUGCGUGUGCAGCAGCCCAAUGUUCGUGUCCUUAACGAACAAGGUGUUGAACUGAAGAGCAUUCAAAUAAAUCCCGUAUGGAAUAUUAGCGAUGCCUACGAGCAAGGAUUGAGUGGACUUCCACCGGUUGAUACUGGCAGCACAUCCACUGGACGCAUACACAUUUCCACUCGUCAGUUCGAGGUUAUGUUCGUUGCCGAGCUAGAGCCCCUUUCCCUCACCACAUAUCGCGUUCAGGUCGAUGAGUUCAAUUACAAGCGUAACAUUGCGAUAGUCUACUGUGACGACUGCGCCACUAAAAUGAAUAGUGACCAUGCACCUGGACCUACGGCACCUCCUGCACCAGACAAAGCGAUUCAGUUUGAAAUUCGCGCCAAGCCAGCAGGUGACAUCCAGCUGGAAAAUGCCAAAAUGCGGCUGUUGUUCGACGAAAAGAGUGGCUUUCUCAAGACCAUAACCAGAAAAAAAGCUAACUCCCAGCUGCUGCAGCCCAUGCAAUGCGCCAUAAAAUUUGCCGCUUAUCGGAGCGCGCAGUUCCAUUCGGGUGCAUAUUUGUUUAAGACAGAUCCAGAACAGAGCGAAGCUGAGAAGGAUGUACUAGAGCAGUAUGUCGAUGUACGCAUCAUAAUUACCUCAGGUCCGAUAGCCAGCGACGUCACAGUCAUUUAUGGACCAUUCCUUGCGCACAGCGUUCGUAUUUUUAAUACUCGUAGCCACUUGGAUGCAGCAAUUUAUCUUGAGAAUGACAUUGACUUUGAGCCUCCGCCGAAAAAUCGGGAGACCGAGCUUUUUAUGCGGCUAUUGACGAAUAUCGACAAUAUAGCACCUGCAUCACUGCAGCGAAAUCCACUUAAUCAGCCCGUGGAGUCAAGCAGCGUGCCAGAACUACCCGUAUUUUACAGCGACCAAAAUGGCUUUCAAUAUCACGAACGCAUUAAGGUGCCAGCCAUUGGAAUUGAGGGUAACUACUUUCCCAUAACGUCGGGCGCAUUCUUGCAGGAUGAACGUCUGCGGCUUACACUGCUAACAACACACGCCCAGGGCGCAGCUAGCUAUGAACCUGGUCAGCUUGAGGUAAUGCUGGAUCGUCGCACACUCUACGAUGAUUACCGCGGCAUGGGAGAAGGCGUCGUCGAUAGCCGAUUCACCAGACAUAAGUUCUGGCUGCUCGUAGAGGAUAUGCCUCCGGGACAGCAGGGCAUAAGACCACCCAAAUAUAAAGUGCUGAGUCUGCAAGCUCAGCAGCUAGCCAAUGAGCUGCGCUAUCCGCCCAAUCUUUAUUUUCUCAACAACUUUGAGCAACCGCAGCCCAUAGCUUUGCAAACACUUGUGCGUCUCCUACCUCACGGUGCGUUCCCUUGUGAUGUGCAUCUAACCACGCUGCGCACCCUAUCUGAUCCGCAGCUACAGCUGUUUCCGUCCGCGUCGGCACUCUUAGUGCUGCACCGUCAAGGCUAUGACUGCACUGUGGCAGCGCAUCAAGUCGACAUAAGUAAUUUUUGCCCGCUUGUACGCAGAGGUUUGGGCGCUGUGCGUUUUGGGGAACUGCAAUUGGAAAGAAUCGAGACCACCAGUCUGACAGGCCUGACUUUUCAGAAGAAAUCUCAGCGAUUGCAUACAUUGGCCAAGAUCAAUCUGGAGCCCAUGGAGAUGCGCACCUUGAAUAUCACUUUUCGCGGUGAGCUUUAAGGUCGGGAAGGCCAAAUAGGAAAUAAUGUGUAUAUGACUAGGGAUAUACUUAUUAAUAAGAGAAACUCAAAUUAUAUGUUAUCAAGCUUUAUUUACGGCUGUCUCUUUGUACACACAGUUUUAAGUACAAAAUUCAUAGAAAAAUCGCCAAAACUACCUAAAGAGAUAAUUAAAACUAAAUAUGUUUAUUUACGA